AUGUUAGGAAUUACAGGAUGUGAAUCUGCAGUAUAUGCAAAAACAAAACAUAAUAGUGGAAAUAUCAAAUUUAGAACACAUAAUCCAGUUAGAGAAGGAUUAGAGUAUGCGACAAAAGUAGAUGAAUUAUUAUCAAGAAAUGUUUUGGAAAUUGCACAAAAUUUAUUAACAUUAUCAACAAAAUAUAAUACCAAUAUAAAGUACCAAGUAUUUUCACCUAUUGGUAUUGCGAAUGUUCUAUCAUUACUUGCUUUGGGGGCAAAAUCUAAUACACAAGAGGAAUUAAUCAAAAUACUUGGAUUCGAUAAAGUACCAAAUUUCGAUGCAAAUCUUUUAAGGGUACAUGAAGAAUUUGGAAUAUUAAUUGAUAAUUUAACAAAAGAUAAUAAAAUUGAUGAGGGAAAUUUAUCUAAAGUGCAAAGGAAUAAACGGAAAAGAUCAUCAUCUUUAUCAAAAAUAGAUCCCAAAUUAUCAUCUAUACCAAGUGAAUAUAGAAAUUUGAAAAAAUAUCAUAUUUUUCGAAGAUCAAUACCAUCAAAACGCUCUUAUAUACCGAAUUUUAAUUAUGAAAAUUAUGACAAUGGUUUACAAUCAAAAUUCAAUGAUCAUGAAAUUGAUAUUGCAAAUGGUAUAUUCAUUCAAAGUGGUUAUCAAUUAAAAUCAGAUUAUGAAAAUUUUGUUAAAUCAAUUUAUCGUAGCAACUCUGAGAUUGUAUUGCUAGAUUUUGAAAAUAAUUCAGAAUAUGCACGUCAGUAUAUUAAUGAUUGGGGAAAACGUAAAACAAAUGGUAAAAUUGAAAAUUUAAUUAUGGGUGAUAUUGAUACAACAACAAAUAUGAUAAUCACAAGUGCAUUAUAUUUUCGUUCAUUAUGGCAGACAUCAUUUAUAGAAAGUAUUACUAUGAAGAGAAAUUUUUAUCCGGAUGGUUAUAGCUCUCCACCAGUUUUAGUAGAUAUGAUGGCGAAUGGUGGUGAAUAUUUAUACUAUGAUGCCAGUGAAUAUGAAUGCCGAUUUAUAGGAUUACCAUUUAAAGAUAGUUUAUCGAUAAUGUAUAUUAUGAUACCAUACGAUUCGAACAAAGAAAAAUUGGAACAAUUACAAAAACUAUUGACUUCCGAUCGAAUAGAUGAAAUCAUUUCAAAGAGAAUGCGGAAAAAAAUGAUUUUAUUAAAUUUGCCUCGAAUGCAUUUGGAAAAUUCUAUGAAUUUAAGAGAACUUUUUACACAAAUGGGAAUAAAAAGUCUUUUUAAUAGUAGAGAAAGUGAUUUAAGUGGAAUUAUUUCAUCAUUAACAUCAUCUGCAUCAUCAUCAUCAUCGUCGCCAUCGCAAGCAUCCAUACCAAUAACGGAAAAUGCAUUUUCAAACGAUGAAUCAAUCAUUUUAAAAGGAGACAAAUCAAAAUCGAAAUUGGAACUUUUAUUGAAAAAAAAUUCAAAAUUUUACAACAAUCAUCCUAAUUCAAAACCAUUAUUACAUUCUAAUCAACCAAUUAGAAAUAUUGGCAAAAUAGUUUUCGUCGAUGAUAUUGUACACAAAGUUAAUUUAAAAAUUAAUGAACAAGGUAUAGAGGGUGCUGCGACAACAGUAUCCCAUUUGCCACGCAAUGAUUUCGAUGAAGAAUUUAUAGUCAAUGCGCCAUUUUUAUUUUUAGUUAGACAUGAAAAAACCAAAUUGCCAAUAUUUUAUGGUUCAGUUUAUGAUCCAAGCAUAUAA